UGCUUACUUACAAACGAGGUAAUUCGCUUUAAAAAUAUUGUAUAGCGAACUAUGUAUUCGAAGCAAGGAUGAUAGAUUACCUGAAAUUUUUUUACAAUAUAUUCGAAUUAGCUGGGAAGUGAAUUACGAAUGAGAGAGCGAAUUAUGAAUGGCAGAGCUAAUACGUGCCGUGGGAACUUAGCUUAAGAGAAACCUAAAUAAUCAAACAAUCCAACAUGACUUUAUGGAAUCAAGUAGCCGGUCAAUAAUAUAAGAAUAUAUAAAUAAACGCUGGUAGGAGUGGGUGGUUUACCUCUUCUGGUGACAUAUUUCAACUUCAAAAGGCCAGUCUGUUCGUGCAUGUUAUAAAGCCAAUUGAAAAUAGUGAACAUACGAACAUGCCGACCACUGCCACAUAUUCACUUCUAAUAACCGUAUUAUUGAUUGUGUUUUCAACGAUUGAAGCUACAUUAUCACCAAGGAAAGGACGUGCUGAAAAAACCAAAACAAUUAAACCUUUAAAUGUGUUAGCUGGACCUCACGAUGAAUCCGUUUUCGAAAGAAAUCUAAUUGAUAUGCGUCCCCUACCCCAAGAUAUUCUAGAGCACAAUGCGGCAUAUUACAAGGAUACUUCAUUGCGGAAUUUCAACGGCACUGUACUUGGCUAUGUUACGGCGUGGAACUCACAUGGGUAUGAUGUGGCAAAAUGGUUUGCGCGAAAAUUCGAUAUUAUCUCCCCGGUGUGGUUUCAAAUUGUCAAAAAUGGUGAUGAAUAUGAAUUAGCUGGCACACACGACAUUGAUCGAAGUUGGAUGCGAGAAGUGCGCCGCAAGGGUAAAAACGAUCGUGGUACUGCAGUAAAGAUUUUUCCACGUUUCAUAUUUGAUAAAUUUACGGAACGGGAUUUUUCUCGAUUGUUGAGUUUGGAGAGAGAGCGGGUGCGUCUAAAUGAACUGUUAGUAAAUGCUUGCAAACAAAAUGAAUUCGAUGGCGUUGUUAUAGAGUUUUGGACGCAAAUUGGAGGACGUGUGGACGAACAUUUUCUCAUUACAUUGGUGCAACAAUUACAUGAAGCACUCAAAAAGGAAAAUUUACGUUUAAUCCUUGUGAUACCGCCAUAUCGGCAAGAGGUUCCAAACUUAUUCACUGAAAGGCAUUUAAAUCAACUAUAUAAACAUGUUUAUGCAUUCUCACUAAUGACUUAUGACUAUUCGAAUGUACAAAGACCAGGCGCAAACUCCCCUUUGUAUUGGGUCCGCCAGUCAGUUGAACUACUAGCUCCUGCUACAAGCCACGAUGUUAAGACGAAACGUCGCAAAAUUCUUUUGGGCCUUAAUAUGUAUGGAAAUGAUUAUACAUCUGACGGUGGUGGGCCAAUUGUAGCUGCACAAUAUUUAAAACUUUUGAAUUAUGCAAAAAAACGUGUACCUUUCGAUGAGCUGGAUGUGGAAAACUACUUUGAAGUGAAAGCCGAGGAUGGUCGACAUAUGGUGUUUUAUCCCAGCCUUUAUUCCGUGCAUGAACGCAUAAAACUCGCUCAAGAAUUGGGUACUGGCAUUUCUAUUUGGGAAUUGGGUCAAGGCUUAGAUUAUUUUUAUGAUCUCUUUUAAUGAUGUUAUUUAAAUACUUAAUAAUAUAAGCAAUUAUCGUCGUGGGUAAGUAAGUUAUUAUUUAUACGAAUGCAAAUCAAAAAUAAGUGAUAAGAAACUAAACAUUCCCAGUAAAAUGCUGAUAUAAGGACACAAGCGUAUUUGAAAUCCGUUUGCGACUAAGAAUGUAACCAAUAAACUUUAUGGGUGUCUAUUCUCAUAUUUAUAUAUUUUUUAAUUCUAUCACUUUAAAGGGAUAUAUGUAUAAAUAAUUUUUAAAUUUGAAAUGGUAUUAGUGAUAGUAGCUGCAUUUUUUAAUGUGUGACACAUCGGUUGUUAUGUUGGAAGUUGUUUUUAGUUCGAUCCCACUUUCUCGUACAUGGGAAACCUGUUAGUUGUUCUUAAUGGCGAUAGCGAUUGGAAGGCAAUGCCUCCAAGAGUAUUUCUAUCUCAAAAACGCAAAAAUUAGGAAUUCGUAACACGGAACACAAGGGAUUUUUUUAAUAGAAGUUAGAAGCAUCAUUACAUAGUGCAGACCCUUCAAAAAACACGUUUCCUAAACCUAGCAUUAGAUGUUCUCAAUUAAACACUGAGCGAUACACCAAGAUAGGCAGGACCUAGUAACAACAGCAAAACCAAUCGGUGUGUUCUAAGUUUCUGAAUUUUUCUAUGUACGAUUAUAUUAUAUUUUUCGAUUAUAUUUAUCCUUUGUUUUCUACUCUUCUCAAUAGAGUAUAUCCUAACAAAAUAC